UAAAAUUUCUAGACGCUGAUUUGACUUUAGCAGGAGCAUGACACGAGUUUUGCCAGAGGUUUCGACUACCAACGACCAAAAGUAAGCAGUUAUAAGUGAGCAUUUAAAGUCUGAUAGUUAAACUAUAAAUAAUAACAACUGAGUCUGAAAAAGUUGAAAUGGCCGGUGCAAUGUUGUUUGAGCGUGCUCAAGCCGCCUGUCUUACGAACCGUGGCGAGGGAAUAUCACUACUCAAUGAAAUAGUAUCAAAUCCAGACAUAGGUUUGACAGAAGACGAUGAAGAGAGCAUCCGUAUCAAAGAGCAGGGUAUCCUUCAGCUGGGCGAGCUCUACAAAAAAGAGGGUAAGGGUAAGGAACUCGCUGACCUCAUAAUAGCUACGAGACCUUUCCUCAGUCUUAUCAGCAAGGCCAAGGCUGCUAAACUCGUGAGGUCUUUGGUUGACUUUUUCUUGGACGUGGACGCUAGUAUAGGAAUCGAGGUCCAACUCAUCAAAGAGUGUAUAGAAUGGGCGAAAACAGAAAAGAGAACGUUUCUCCGACAGUCGCUGGAAGCGAGAUUGAUAGCUCUUUAUUUCGACACUGGAAUGUACACUGAGGCACUGCAACUCAGCUCGGCUUUGCUGAAGGAGCUUAAAAAACUCGAUGACAAACAACUGUUAGUUGAAGUACAGUUGCUUGAAAGCAAGACUUAUCAUGCUCUGAGUAAUUUAGCUAAAGCAAGAGCAGCAUUGACCAGCGCAAGAACAACCGCGAAUGCUAUUUAUUGUCCGCCUAAAAUGCAAGCUGCUCUAGAUUUACAAUCUGGAAUUUUACAUGCUGCCGAUGAACGAGAUUUCAAGACUGCUUACUCUUAUUUCUACGAGGCGUUUGAGGGGUACGACAGUGUUGACAACCCUAAAGCACUUACGACCCUCAAGUACAUGCUGCUGUCUAAGAUAAUGCUCCGUACGCCUGACGAUGUCCAGUCAAUAAUGUCAGGAAAGCUGGCGGUAAAAUAUGCUGGCCGUGAUCUAGAUGCGAUGAAGGCUGUGGCCGAGGCCAGUCACAAACGUUCUCUUGCCGAUUUUCAAAAAGCCGUCAAAGAGUACCGACAGGAGUUGGAGGAUGAUCCUAUCGUCCGCGCUCAUCUUGGUUCACUUUAUGACACUAUGCUUGAACAGAAUCUUUGCCGAUUGGUCGAACCUUAUUCUCGUGUUCAGGUUGCUCACAUAGCGACAUGUAUAGCAUUGCCGAUUGCUCAAGUAGAAAAAAAAUUGUCUCAAAUGAUACUGGAUAAAAAAUUACUUGGAGUACUGGAUCAAGGAGAAGGAGUCCUGAUUGUAUUUGAAGACGCGCCACGUGAUAAAACUUACGAAAUAGCUCUCGACACGAUACACAGUAUGGGAAAAGUCGUGGAUACACUUUAUCAGAAAGCGAAGAAACUUACAUAGCCUUUUUAAUAUUUAAAAUUUGUAUUAAUUAAAUUCAUUAUAUAAUUACUACGAUUAACAAUUUAAUAGUUAUACUUAUUGAAUAAUGAUAAUCCGUAAAAAGAACAUAUUUUUUUUUGCCCUUUACUAACUUCCAUUGUUUGGCUGAUAAAAAAAUAAGUAAUCAUU